GGGCGAUGUAAACACAGUAUUCCAAUAUCUGGUCUUCAUUCCGAGGCGGAGGGUGGCGGUAAUGGUGUUUGACCAGGUUUGAGAGCUGUCCUUAAAUAUAAAAAAAGAAGACCAGAAAGUAGUCUACUGCUACCAGCCGCAACCCACCCUGCCACUGGACCAAAAUAGACAGACGAAAAGGGAGCAGCUGAUAUCCUCAACCAGAAAUGGCUGCCACCGGAGUUCUUCCCUUCAUCAGGGGGGUAGACCUCAGUGGAAACGACUUCAAAGGUGGAUACUUUCCAGAACAUGUCAAGUGUAUGAGCAGUCUGCGAUGGCUGAAACUAAACAGAACAGGACUGUGUUACCUACCAGAGGAGCUGGCCUCUCUGCAGAAGCUGGAGCAUCUAUCAGUGAGUCACAACAGCCUCACCACCUUACAUGGAGAACUGUCCAGCUUACCAAACCUGCGGGCGGUGGUAGCCAGAGCUAACAACUUGAAAAAUUCUGGAGUCCCAGAUGACAUCUUUCAGCUCGAUGACCUCUCUGUGCUGGACCUGAGCUACAAUCAGCUGACAGAGAUCCCCAGAGACCUGGAGAACAGCAGGAACAUGCUGGUGCUGAACCUGAGCCACAACAGCAUUGACUCCAUUCCCAAUCAGCUGUUUAUCAACCUGACAGACCUGCUGUAUCUGGAUCUGAGCGACAACAAGCUGGAUAGUCUGCCACCACAGAUGAGACGCCUCGUCCAUCUGCAGACUCUCAUCCUAAACAACAACCCGCUGAUGCACGCCCAGCUGCGGCAGUUGCCAGCCAUGAUUGCGUUACAGACUCUCCACCUGAGGAACACCCAGAGGACCCAGAGCAACAUGCCAACCAGCCUGGAGGCACUGACACAUUUAGCAGAUGUUGAUCUGUCCUGUAAUGACCUGACUCGAGUGCCAGAGUGUCUCUAUUCAUUGGGAAGCCUGAAGAGACUCAACCUGAGCAGCAAUCAGAUCUCAGAACUCUCGCUCUGCAUUGAUCAGUGGACACAGUUGGAGACACUUAAUCUAAGCCGCAACCAGCUCACCUCGCUGCCUUCUGCAAUCUGUAAGCUGUCCAAACUGAAGAAGCUGUAUGUAAACUCUAACAAACUGGACUUUGAUGGCGUUCCACCUGGUGUGGGCAAACUGUCCAGCCUCACAGAGUUCAUGGCAGCUAACAACAACCUGGAACUUAUUCCUGAGGGACUCUGCAGGUGUGGCAAACUGAAGAAGCUGGUGCUGAAUAAAAAUCGCCUGGUAACACUACCUGAGGCCGUCCACUUCUUGACAGAUUUAGAGAUACUGGAUGUGCGAGAAAACCCCAACCUGGUGAUGCCUCCUAAACCAGUUGACAGGGCGGCAGAGUGGUACAACAUCGACUUCUCCCUACAGAACCAGUUAAGGCUGGCCGGGGCCUCGCCUGCUACUGUAGCAGCAGCUGGAGGAGGAGCGAGCCCUCGAGAUCACCUGGCGAGGAAGAUGAGGCUCAGGAGGAGGAAAGACUGUUCUCAGGACGAUCAGGCAAAGCAGGUGUUGAAAGGCAUGAGUGAUGUCGCUCAGGAGAAGAAAAACUUAGAGGAGAAUGGGGAUUUGAAAUAUGGUGAUUUAAAGAUUCGCCGCUGGGACAAGAGUCUGGAGAAACCCCAGCUGGACUACUCAGAGUUCUUUAUGGAAGAUGUCGGCCAGGUUCCUGGUGUAACAGUAUGGCAGAUAGAGAACUUUAUUCCCAUGCAAGUGGAAGAAACUUUCCAUGGAAAGUUCUAUGAGGCUGACUGCUACAUUGUCCUCAAGACCUUCCUGGAUGAAAACGGAGCGCUCAACUGGCAGAUCUACUACUGGAUCGGUCAGGAUGCUACUCUAGACAAGAAGGCUGGCUCUGCCAUCCAUGCAGUCAACCUGCGAAACUUCCUCGGAGCAGAGUGCAGGACAAUCAGGGAAGAGAUGGGAGAUGAGAGCGAGGAGUUCAGUGCUGUGUUUAACAAUGAGAUCUCCUACAUUGAGGGAGGAACAGCCAGUGGAUUCUACACUGUGGAGGACACACACUAUCCUGUCAGAUUGUACAGAGUUUAUGGCAAGAAAAACAUUAGACUGGAGUCUGUACCUGUGAAGGCGUCCUCUCUCGACCCACGAUAUGUGUUCCUGUUGGACACAGGGUUGGAAAUCUUUGUCUGGAGAGGAGCCAAUGCUACUCUCAGCGGCACCACAAAGGCUAGGUUAUUUGCAGAAAAGAUAAAUAAGAAUGAGCGUAAGGGGAAGGCAGAAAUCGUUACCCUCUCUCAGAACCAGGAGCCCCCGACUUACUGGGAGGUACUGGGAGGGCAACCAGAGGACAUCAAGAAACACGUACCAGAUGACUUUGCUCCGAUCAGACCUAAACUAUACAAGGUGGGUUUGGGUCUGGGCUACCUGGAGCUGCCUCAGAUUAACUAUAAGCUGUCAGUGGAACACAAAGACCACAAGGUCAAACUGGACACUCUGCCAGAACUGAGACUGUUGCAGUCCCUGCUGGACACAAAAUGUGUGUACAUCCUGGACUGCUGGUCGGAUGUGUUCAUUUGGAUCGGCAGGAAAUCUCCACGUCUUGUCCGAGCUGCCGCCUUAAAACUAGGCCAGGAGAUCUGUUCCAUGCUGCACCGACCCAAACACGCCUGCGUCACCCGCAACCUGGAGGGCACCGAAUGCCAGGUGUUCAAGUCUAAGUUUAAGAACUGGGAUGAUGUGUUGAAGGUGGACUACACCAGAGCAGCAGAGACUGUGCAACAGACCAGCAACUUGCAGGGCAAGGUGAAGAAAGACGCAGAGCAGAAGGACCAGAUGAAAGCCGACCUCACAGCGCUCUUCCUUCCCAGGCAGCCGCCGAUGCCCCUCACGGAGGCUGAACAGCUGAUGGAGGAGUGGAACGAGGACCUGGACGGCAUGGAAGGGUUCGUGUUAGAGGGAAAGAAGUUUGCUCGCCUGCCCGAAGAGGAGUUUGGACACUUUUUCACCCAGGACUGCUACGUCUUCCUCUGCAGAUACUGGGUACCUGUGGAGUAUGAGGAGGAGGAGGAGGAAAAGGAAAAGGAGAAGAAGGACGGUGAGGGUGGUGGAAAAGGAAGAGGUGGAGGCGAGGAAGAGGAGGACAAACAGCCGGAGGAGGACUUCCAGUGUGUGGUGUACUUCUGGCAGGGCAGGCAGGCGUCCAACAUGGGCUGGCUCACCUUCACCUUCUCUCUGCAGAAGAAGUUCGAGAGUCUGUUCCCUGGAAAACUCAAGGUGGUGCGGAUGACGCAGCAGCAGGAGAACCUGAAGUUCCUGUCCCAUUUCAAGAGGAAGUUCAUCAUCCACAAAGGCAAAAGGAAACAGAAGACGGACUCUGCUCAGCCUUCCCUCUAUCACAUACGCACCAACGGCAGCGCACUUUGCACCAGGACGAUCCAGAUUGGAACAGAUUCAAGUAACCUCAACUCAGAGUUUUGCUUCAUACUCAAGGUACCAUUUGAGAGCACAGACAAUCAGGGCAUCGUUUAUACCUGGGUGGGCAGAGCUGCAGACCCUGACGAGGCCAAACUGGCAGAAGACAUCAUGAACAGCAUGUUUGACGACACAUACAGCAAACAGGUGAUCAACGAAGGGGAGGAGCCAGAGAACUUCUUCUGGGUUGGGAUUGGAUCGCAAAAGCCAUAUGAUGAAGAUGCUGAUUAUAUGAAAUACGCUCGGCUCUUCAGGUGUUCCAAUGAGAAGGGUUAUUUCUCGGUGUCGGAGAAGUGCUCAGACUUCUGUCAGGACGACCUGGCUGACGACGACAUCAUGUUACUGGACAACGGCAAAGAGGUGUACAUGUGGGUGGGAACUCAGACCAGCCAGGUGGAGAUCAAACUGAGCCUCAAAGCCUGUCAGGUUUACAUUCAGCACAUGCGCUCGAAAGACACCGAACACCCCCGGAAACUGCGUCUGGUGCGGAAGGGAAACGAGCCCCACUGCUUCACCCGCUGCUUCCACGCCUGGGGUGCGUUCAAGACCCCCCCGGCGUAAACGAACGCUCUCUGAAUCGCACAUAUGCACACGGACGACUUGCUGCCAUGUAAUUUUCUACCAGUAAGAUGAUGAUGUCUUUGCCUAACCCAGCUUUACAGGACUGCCCUCCUGUCACCGCCGCUCAUCGCUGCUGUUUAACGGCCUCUGGACCGUCAGAGUUCACACUUCCUUUAAAACUAGGACGUCAAAGUCAGUUUAGUUCAGGGGCCACAUUCAGCCCAACAGGAUCUGAAGAGGGCCGAACCAGUGAAAUAGUGACAACAGAAUAUAUAAAUAAUGUCAACUCCAAACUUUUUUCUGUGUUUU